AAGUCAAGUUUGCUUCAUCAUAUUCCUAAAUACCAUGGCUUGUCCAUGGAAGAUCCUAACAAACAUUUGAAAGAAUUUGAAGUAGUUUGCUCUAGUAUGACUCCCGUCACUGUUGACGGAAAUAUCUUGAAGAUGAAGGCUUUUCCAUUCUCUUUGAUGGAUAAAGCCAAAGAUUGGUUAUAUGAGUUAGCUCCCGGCACUGUCACUUCUUGGGAGAGUAUGAAGAGAGCGUACUUGGAGAAGUUCUUUCCAACUUCUCGCAUCAUCCUCCUACGCAAAAAGAUAAGCGGAAUCCAGCAAGAAGAAGGUGAGUCUUUUCCUACGUAUUAUGAACGAUUUAAAUCACUUGUUGCUUCUUGUCCACAGCAUCAGAUGAAGGAGGAGUUGCUCUUGCAAUAUUUCUACGAGGGUCUCCUACCUCUAGAACGUCAAAUGCUUGAUGCUUCGGCGAGGGGAGCAUUGGUGGACAAAACACCCAUGGCUGCCAAGGUCUUUCCUAGUAGGUUCAUGCAAACGAAGAAAGAAGAGGCAGAAAAGGAUAUCCUUGAAACCUUUAGGAAAGUUCAAGUUAACAUACCUUUGUUAGAUGCAAUCAAGCAAGUUCCGAGGUAUGCUAAGUUCUUGAAGGAGUUGUGUACCACUAGGAAGAGGAUGUCGACUAAGGAAGUGGUAAAGGUAGGUGAGAAUGUGUCCGCCAUCUUGCAACGCAAACUACCUCCCAAAUGCAAGGAUCCAGGUAGCUUUACCAUUCCUUGUGUCAUUGGGAAUAUUAGAUUUGAAUCUGCCAUGCUUGAUUUAGGUGCUUCUAUAAAUGUUAUGCCAUAUUCCAUUUAUGCAUCUAUGAACUUAGGAGCAUUGAAAAAUGAUGGGGUAAUAAUACAAUUGGGCGAUAGAUCUAACGCCUAUCCAAAGGGAGUUUUGGAAGAUGUUCUUGUGCAGGUUAAUCAUUUGGUCUUCCCGGCGGAUUUCUAUGUCCUCGAAAUGGAUGAAUCGGACCAUGCUCCUUCGCUGCCCAUUCUACUUGGAAGGCCAUUCAUGAAGACGGCCCGGACGAAGAUUGACGUGUAUAGUGGAACUUUGUCCAUGGAAUUCGAUGGGGAAGUUGUUAAUUUUAAUCUUUCUGAUUCCAUUAAAUACCCUAGUGAGGACCAUUCAUGCUUUUCUAUUGAUAUAAUUGACUCU